AUGUCUUCCCCUCGCCUCGUGGCCAUUAUCGGUGCCACAGGAGCCCAAGGUAUCCCCGUCGUCCGCGAGCUCCUGCAGUCCGGCAACUAUGCCGUCCGCGUCCUCACGCGCGACACGAACAGUGAUCGUUUCAAGGAACUACAGUCCUAUGGCCCCGUUGAGAGCGUGAUUGGUACCUUCGCGUCCGAGGAGUCUCUCCGCGCCACUUUCCGCGGUGCCUGGGGCGCCUUCGUCAAUAUCGAUGGGUUCAACAGCGGGGAGAAGACGGAGAUAUUCUGGACGAUUCGGGGUACGUUCUUUCUCUGCUCGGCCUGGGAACUCGCCCUCGAAGAAGGCGUCGAGUUCUACGUGCACGGCAACAUCGACUACGCGUACAAGAAAUCCGGCUUCCGCCCCGAGUUCCACUGCGGCCACAUCGACGCCAAAGGACGAAUGGCCGACUGGAUCCUGGCGCAGGACAAGGAGGCGGCCGUGCGCUCGCGCAUGCGCAGCGCCGUGUUCACCACGGGCCCGUACAUCGAGAUGACGAUCGGGCGGGCGACGCCGUUCCCGCCGAGCGUGGAAGACGGCGUGGCGACGUGGCGCGCGCCCCUCGCGGACGGCGCGGUCCCCUUCACCGCCCUCGACGACGUCGGCGUCUACGUCAUGUGGCUAUUUGACCACGCCGGGGGCGAGGCCGACGGCCUCGAGCUGCAGGCCUCGAUCGCACACGUCACCUUCGACGAGUACGCGCGCGCCUUCGAGAAGGUCGUGGGGAAGCCCGCGAGGUGGAUCGACGUCGAUCUCGAGGAGCACCUGGGGAACAACUGGGGGGCGAGGGCGGAUUCGCCCGCGGGGUAUAAUGCCGAUCCGAACGAUCCUGCGACGAUGACGAUUCGGCAGAAUUUCAGGGCAUGGUUCAGGGUGUAUCAAAACUCGGGAGGGAAUAAGGGGAUUGUUCAGCGCGAUUAUGCUUUGAUGGAUAGGGUUUUCCCGGGGAGAAUCAGGUCUGUUGGGGAGUGGCUCCGGAGAGAGAAUGAGAAUGGCUUGGAGAAGGGGUUAGGGAGUCUUUGGGAUAGGAUUCAGCCUGAGAACUUGGGGCACGUGUUGAAAUUGUCUGAGGAUCAGCGCCAAGGGAAACUGUGA